AUGCUCCUCUCCAACUUGUUCGCGCUUGUCCCCUUACUCGGCGCCAUUGCGACCAAAGCGGCUCGAUGCCCGAAUACCUUGCCGCAAGGGGGAACUACUGCAUUUGCGCGACUCAGCUGGGUUCAACCGCAUUUCGGUGCGGAAAACGUGAUCGAGAACCAGGCAAGUUCGAAGCCUGUUUUUUUCGCGUCGACCACCGUUCCUUAUAGCAGAAGACGCAACCCAUGGAUCCAAACGACUGCUAUCGAUAUAGUCAAAUGCACUGAUAAGUGUGUCUACGAGCAUCCCGGCUGUAUCGGUGUCGCUUUCUUCGAACCCAGAGCGGCCGGAUAUCCAUCAAGGUGUGACUUGUGGAUGAGAGGUGGCCUGGGUGAAGUCGAUCCCAACUAUCCCAAUCGUCCACUCAACAAGUUUGAAGGAGGGAGCAUCAGAGGUACUUGCGAAGAGAAUAAGGGUAUUAAGAAUAGCAGCACUCGCGCGCAGUGUUGGCCCAUGUCAAACCUACGAAGGGUCAAGUGUCACCCGACACGAAACGUCAUCAAACCCCGGGGCCACGCGUCGACCUUUCCCCGGAUUUGUUAUCAGAGCGUGGGUGAAUUUGCUUCCGAACUCGAGAUCGGGGAGAGCAGACGGGCUUGGCCGAAAGGAGGCAAAUGGCCCGGGCAACGGCAGGAAGGAGCCGGGGGUGACUGUGCUGCUAUUGUCCUGGGUCGUGAUCGUGUCAUCGUCCCCCUCGGCCUGCCUCGCCUCCUUUGGGAAAGGGAAGGGGUAUAUAUACCAUCAACACCCACGAUAUCGAUACCACAUCAUCAUCCUCACCCCCGACCUUCAUUCGACAAGACCUUUUUGGCCAACUCGCACAACUCGUAAGUCUUGUAUUCUCGUUCGUUCUGGCUUCGUCAUCAUCGCCACCCACCUUCUACACCAUCAACAAAUCGUCGAUUGCCAUCACUUCGUCAUAUCAUCGAGAACCAUCGGGAAGCAUGAAAUACUAUACACCACCGAUCUCGAGCCGUCGACAUUCGACUCGCCACUGGUAUACCCUCCGGCUUAUCAAUCACCGCCUCGUCAUCCCAUACCUCCCUUUCCGAACGUGACUUGCUAGGCCUUUCCUUCGCCUCUUCCCCCAUCACGUAUAUAACCCGAACCUACAUAGCAUCGACCUUCCUUUGCCUCCCAUCAGAAGGGCUUACCAUCAUCAAUCUUCUCUAUUCAGACACGAACACUACCACAACCACACGAACAACACUCUAUCAACAUGCAGAUCUUCGUCAAGGUAAGCCCCCUUUACCUGAUCAUAUCACCCACGUUUGAUUCCU